AAGAACCGCAGGGACAGAAACAGUUGGGGUGGAUUUUCAGAAAAGGCCUAUGAAUGGAGCUCGGAAGAGGAAGAGCCAGUGAAAAAAGCAGGACCAGUCCAAGUCCUCAUUGUCAAAGAUGAUCAUUCCUUUGAGUUAGAUGAAACUGCACUAAAUCGGAUCCUUCUCUCAGAGGCUGUCAGAGACAAGGAGGUUGUUGCUGUAUCUGUUGCUGGAGCAUUUAGAAAAGGAAAAUCAUUCCUGAUGGACUUCAUGUUGAGAUAUAUGUACAACCAGGAAUCAGUUGAUUGGGUUGGAGAUUACAACGAACCAUUGACUGGUUUUUCAUGGAGAGGUGGGUCUGAACGAGAGACCACAGGAAUCCAGAUAUGGAGUGAAGUCUUCCUUGUCAAUAAACCUGAUGGUAAAAAGGUUGCAGUGUUAUUGAUGGAUACUCAGGGAACCUUUGAUAGUCAAUCAACUUUGAGAGAUUCAGCCACAGUAUUUGCCCUUAGCACAAUGAUCAGCUCAAUACAGGUAUAUAACUUAUCCCAAAAUGUCCAGGAGGAUGAUCUUCAGCACCUUCAGCUUUUCACUGAGUAUGGCAGACUAGCAAUGGAGGAAACAUUCCUGAAACCAUUUCAGAGUCUGAUAUUUCUUGUUCGAGAUUGGAGUUUCCCAUACGAGUUUUCCUAUGGAGCUGAUGGUGGCGCCAAAUUCUUGGAAAAACGCCUCAAGGUCUCAGGGAACCAGCAUGAAGAACUACAGAAUGUUCGAAAACAUAUCCAUUCCUGUUUCACCAACAUUUCAUGUUUUCUGCUACCUCAUCCUGGCUUAAAAGUAGCUACCAACCCAAACUUUGAUGGAAAACUGAAAGAAAUAGAUGAUGAAUUCAUCAAAAACUUGAAAAUACUGAUUCCCUGGCUACUUAGUCCUGAGAGCCUAGAUAUUAAAGAGAUCAAUGGGAAUAAAAUCACCUGCCGAGGUCUGGUGGAGUACUUCAAGGCUUACAUAAAGAUCUAUCAAGGUGAAGAAUUACCACAUCCCAAAUCCAUGCUACAGGCCACAGCAGAAGCUAACAAUUUAGCAGCCGUUGCAACUGCCAAGGACACAUACAACAAAAAAAUGGAAGAGAUUUGUGGUGGUGACAAACCAUUUCUGGCCCCUAAUGACUUGCAGACCAAACAUCUGCAGCUUAAGGAAGAAUCUGUGAAGCUAUUCCGAGGGGUGAAGAAGAUGGGCGGGGAAGAAUUUAGCCGGCGUUACCUGCAGCAGUUGGAGAGUGAAAUAGAUGAACUUUACAUACAGUAUAUCAAGCACAAUGAUAGCAAAAAUAUCUUCCAUGCAGCUCGUACCCCAGCCACACUGUUUGUUGUCAUCUUUAUCACAUAUGUGAUUGCUGGUGUGACUGGAUUCAUUGGUUUGGACAUCAUAGCUAGCCUAUGCAAUAUGAUAAUGGGACUGACCCUCAUCACCCUGUGCACCUGGGCAUACAUCCGGUACUCUGGAGAAUACCGAGAGCUGGGAGCUGUAAUAGACCAGGUGGCUGCAGCUUUGUGGGAUCAGGGAAGUACAAAUGAGGCUUUAUACAAACUUUACAGUGCGGCAGCAACUCACAGACAUCUGUAUCAUCAAGCUUUUCCUACACCAAAGUCGGAAUCUACUGAACAAUCUGAAAAGAAGACAAUUUAAUCCAAAUUUUAAAAAAUACAGGUGCAUGACCAAUUGUCAAUUAAAUAUUCAGUUUUAUGUCUCCAUGCAAACAUUCAAAGUGCUUCCAUCAGAACAGAGUAAAAUGCCAAACACCUCUGAAAACUGCAAAAUGGAUUAGUUCUUUUACUUCAGUGUUUAAUAAGCAAAUGUAUGUAUGCAUGGUUAUAUCAUUUUGUUAACAUGUACAAUUUCCUGAUUUUUGUCUCCAAAUAUGCUGUUAUAAUUUAAAGUAUUUGUCUAUUUUUGAUAACAGUAUAUGUGUUCUGCUUGAAUUUACUAAAUUCUACUACUGGGUUAUAAUUAAACCAUGUAGUGAUACUAUUCCA